AUGGCCUCGACAUCGACCCCUUCCUCCUCUUUCUUUAGCCCCCUUGGAUCGGCGGUGCAUGCGCUACGCAACAUCCCUUACUUCCUAUUCACACUCAUCCUGUUCACCAAAUCUGACCUGAAGACAACCGUCGGUCCCGUCUCCUCCCUCGCACUUGCGUCUGCUCCCGUAGCGGGCCUUCUCCGCGUCCCACACGUCGUCUUCUGGGUCUGGCUCCAUGUCCUGCAGUUCGACCUCUCGAACCAGUGUAUGGACCCAGAGGAGGACGCACAGAACAAGCGCGACCGUCCGCUUCCGGCCAAGCGCAUCACCCUCGAACAAGCCCGCUUCCUCCGCUGGGCCAUCGUCCCCGUCUGCCUACGUCUCUCUGCGCUCUACAGUCCGGAGACGGUCUACGCGAGCAUCGCCCUCGCCUUCCUCACGCUCCUGUACAACGAGCUCACCGCGCACCGUCGGCACUGGGUGAUCCGCAACGUCGUGAACGCGCUUGGGUUCGCAUCGUUCGAGGUCGGCGCGACGCUCGUGGCUGGGGCGGACCCGACGCACCUGGACGGAAUUGCGCUGUGCUCCGUGCUCGCGAGCACGGGCAUCUUCGCGACGACGAUCCACACGCAGGACUUCAAGGACGUUGACGGCGACCGAGCCAUCGGCCGGCAAACGAUCCCGAUCGUCUUCGGGGCCGCUGCGCGCUGGACGGUGAUCGUGCCGCUGGUGCUCUGGUCGGUCGGGCUCUCCGUGUUCUGGGGCCUUAGCAUCGUGGCGGGUGCGGCUGUCACCGCGCUUUCGGUGUAUGUGGGUGUGCUCUAUCUCAAGGGGAAGACGAUACAUGAGUAUCAGGUGGCCUUUUACUGGUACAACGUCUGGCUGUCUACCGCACACGCGCUCCCUGCGUAUUGUCGGCUCUUCAGUGAGCCGUACUAUGCACUGGGUGCUUGA